AUGGGGAUGCCUGGUGGUGUGAGACCUAUUGUACUGGUGUCAGGGGAUGUGUCGGCAGUAAUCCCUAAGCCUGCUGCACAAUCGAUCUCGUCCCCAUUCAAAACAAGUCAAGCCGAGACCGUCGGGAUUCCCGUCUUAGGAUUGAUGGGGGUGGAAGAGGUCCACGGAGUCGGGCCUACAGGACUUUUCCGGCUUCACCAGCUAGAUUGUGCUUGGAAGACCCCAGAGCCAGCAGCACACCAAGCGCGGCAUGAAAAUGCUCCUCAGUCUGGCGUCGGGAACCGAGCGAGCGCCCUAUCAGCCACGCCUCUUGACAGUCUGGGCGCGGAUGCGACAAAUGCAUCAAUAAACUCCCCGACACAGCCUGAACCGGCUCCUGUCCCUGAUCGCAAUUCCCGUCUCGAAGACGUCUUUGAUUUUGCCAGCUUCUUAUGGAGUCGACCUACUUCGCCAUUCUUGUCUGAGCUUCAGAUCAAUCACCAAGCUCUGGACGCGGGGGGCACGGGGCAUUUAAGGACGGCAGUGUCUGGCUCGAUGAGGGAUCAAGCAGCUACCCAGUUGCCCUUCACAAAUGAUUCCCAAGUGUCCGAUGCAGCACAGCUCCGUGAGCACUUCGCACAUUCUGACGCUCCCCCUAUCAUUGCGCAAAUCGAAACCCGCUCUGGCUGGACGCUGAUGAGGGACCAUUUUCUGUCUAUGACUCGCUCGUCACUCAUGGUUCACUACGCGGUGUCAGCAUUUGCCUCUCUCCAAUUACGACGGGGCAGAGAACAAGGUGGAAGUUCUGUCAGCUAUUAUUACGAUCUGAGCGAGACCGAGAUCGCGGGCUCCGUGCUCGAGCAUGGCAAUAAAAUCGACAUCCUCGGUGCAAAUGUCAACCAUGUUCUUACUGCACUCUUCCUCUUAACCUACAUCGACUUGGUGACUAAUAAAACAGCUUGUGCUCAUACUCAGCUCCGAAGAGCUCACAGAAUCGUCUCAGAUCUAGACCCAGAAACCUUGGAGUGGCCAGAACGACGCCUCAUCUCCUGGUACCGUCUCCUUGACGCUCGUGCAGUUACUGCUGGUGGUGAAGGCCUGUUCCUCCGUGAUGGAAGUGACUCUCCUGAAUUUGGACGAAACACGCCACCUUCGAACGAAGACGCCGAAGCAGUAGUAGCUGACAUGCUUUCCAAACCCCUGCAGGAGUUUUUCCAAAAAACGCAGUUAUUUAUGGGUCGCAUUACCCAAAUCGAUCUAUGGCACCGGAGUCGUGGGACAGUCGAGGACGAGACCGAGGUCAUGACGAUCGCGGCACAGAUUCAGAAGGACAACCAUGCAUUAUACCGGCACCGACCCCCAAUACUAGAUUUGGCUGUCGCUGGUAGCCUUCAAGCGCCUUUGCUUGCCUCUAGCCUGGCCACUGAACUCACACGUAGCGCACGCGUGGCUCUUGCGAAUUAUCACGCGAGUUUCAUUCAUCUUCAUCGUGUGGCAUAUCGGCAUCUUCCGCGGACUACAGACGUGAUAAAUGCUAUGGUCAUGAUCAAGCAGACGAUUCGGCAUCUGGAGGCGGCGCAAACCUCCGCUGAAUCUCUCCCCGUGAACAUGCUGUGGCCAUUGUUAAUGUGGGGAGCGGAAGAAGAUUGCCCGGAGGAACGGACCUGUAUCUUGUCAUCGAUACGGAAGAUGUCGAACAAUAUUAGCAAUGCAAGCAUCACAGCAGACGUGCUACAAAGCGUCAUCGAAAGACAGGAUGCGUGCGGGCAGCGCGUGGACAUCCGCACGGUCAUGCAUGAGAUAUACAAUUCGUGUUUUGCUGUGGUCUAA